AAUGAUGUAAAUAUAAUAUUCCUGCGCGUAAUCAAGUAAUUCUAUUGUGCACACAUCACUACCUUUUACAUCAUGAUCGAAAUAGUAAUGCUUCCUUUUAAAUACAAAAUUCUUUCUAAUUACGAUAGAGAAUGAACAGUGGAACGCCAGGUAAAUAUGACGCGGCGACGUCAUCUCCGUCGUCGUCGUCGCUGUCGUCAUCAUUUUCGGCUUCGUACUCGUCGUUCUCAACGCCCUGUGUGUGGCCGAUGCUGUCCGAAAAUUCAAAAAUAGCCAAAGUGCGGCAGUCAGUGCGGCGAUGUCGACAGCGAACGACGGUUCGACGGUACGGUUCGGCCGAUGGUGGUGGUGCUGGCGAAAAAGAAGGCGGAGUACUACGACCCGCGGCCCUACGAUGCCGACAACGAUGUACCAUCCGAGGACAAUCAUCCUUUUGAGCGUGUUGGCGUUAAUCUCAGUCCUCUUAGGUCACGUUGACGCCGCCGCAAAGACGAAAGCCGAGGAGUCCCGCGGCUCGACCGGCAGGCAGAAGGAAGCCGAGCCGGUGAUCGAGGAAGUCACUGCCAAGCAACUCGAACGGCUCCUCAACGAGAAGGACUUUGUUGCCGUGUAUUGGUAUGCCCGAAGUUGCACCACAUGCGACAAGGUCCUGGCCGAAUUGGAGAAAAUCGACGACGAUACAGACCACUUUGGAGUCGACUUUGUCAAAAUCAACGAUAAACGACUGGCGAAGCAAUAUGGCAUCAAAAACUUCCCGGCUCUUACGUAUUUUCGCGAAAAAGAACCAAUCAUAUACGAUGGUGACCUGAUGGACGAAGAAAAUGUACUGGAUUUUCUUACGAGUUUAGAAGCAAUGGAUCUACCAGAUCGUAUUGAAGAAGUUAAUGCAAAAAUUCUGUCAAAGAUUGUCGAAGAAACAGAUUUCGUAGCGGUUCUCUUCUGUCCAGACACGGAGCGAUGUGCAGGCACCGGUUCUAACAAGCCAGACUGCAAAAAGUGUCUCAAGGCGCUGCAAGAAUUGGAGAACAUCGACGACGAAGCCGAUCAAUUAGGUAUCGGCUUCGUAAAAAUCGCGGAUGAAGAGCUAGCGGACGAGUACAAUCUCGGUCCUCUUCCAGUUCUUGUGUACUAUAGGCACCAAAUUCCAGUCAUUUACGAACAUGAGUUGAGCAGAGAAGAAGAUGUGCUAGAAUGGCUGGUGGCAAACAAGAGCACGGGAGACGAAGAAGAUGUUAUCGAAGAUGUUACCGCCAAAACAUUGAAUACACUAAUUGGAAAUAUUGACAAUCUAGUCGUUCUGUUCUACGAUCAUGGUGACGAAGACUCUAUGCAAGUCCUGAAUGAGCUAGAAAAGAUUGAUGAUGAUUGCGACAAACACGGCAUUCAAUUCGUGAAGAUCGAUGAUGAAAAGGCGGCGGAAGAAUUUGGAAUCGAUGAUUUGCCCGCGAUCGUCUAUUUUGAGAAGCAGAUCCCGAAUGUUUACGACGGAGAUGUAGAAAAUGAGGACGAAAUUCUGGAAUGGCUAUUGUCGCAACUCGAAAAGGACGAGAUUGAAGACGUUACCGAUGAGAUGCUGGACCGUCUUAUCAAAGAUGGGAAGACCUUGGCUGUAUUGUUCUACGACAAUAACGAUCGGAAGUCUCAGAAGGUUCUCAAUGAAUUGGAGAACAUUGAUGAUGAAUGCGAUCAGCUCGGCGUGACAUUCGUGAAGAUUGACAAUGCGGAAGAGGCUAAGGAAUAUGGCAUUGAAAAAGUACCUACGCUACUCUACUUUGAGAAGGGUAUUCCGACUCUAUACGAGGGCAAUCUCGAGGACGAGGAGAAAGUUCUUAAAUGGUUAGAGCAGCAACAAAAGGCUGACCAGAUCGAGGACGUCACCGAUGAGAUGCUCGACAUAGUUAUAGAGAAGAUGCCGCACGUAGCCGUUCUCUUUUAUGACAAAGAUCAGAAGAAGAGUCAGAAGGUGCUGAGCGAAUUGGAGAACAUCGACGACGAUUGUGAUCAGCAUAACAUAGCCUUCGUGAAGAUCAACGACUUGGACGAGGCAAAAGAAUACGGCAUAGACACGCUUCCCACUUUGGUGCUCUUUGAACGAAGGAUACCACACAUUUACGAUGGCGAUCUCAUGAACGAGGAUCAGAUACUGGGGUGGCUGUUGCAUCAGAAAAAACACGCUGAGAUCCCGGAAGUAACGGACGAAAUGAUUGAAAAGCUCAUAGAGACGACGCCGUACAUAGCAGUCCUGUUUUACGACAAGGACGAUAAGCAGGACAUACGGAUCCUAAACGAGUUGGAGAACAUAGACGACGAGCUGGAGAAGGAGGGAAUCGUCAUCGUCCGCAUAGACAACGACGCCGAGGCUAAGGAAUACGGUAUUGAUCAUCUCCCGACAUUGGUGUACUUCGAGGAUAAAAUCCCGGCAAUAUACGAGGGCGACCUCCUGAACGAAGACGAGGUCCUUGAAUGGCUGAUAGAACAGAAGAACAGUGCUACCAUCGAGGAGGUCACGGAUGAGAUACUGACGAAUCUUAUAGAGGAGCACGAAUACGUUGUGGUAUAUUUCAGUGGAAGUUGCGAUGAAGGAGAGAAAUGCGACAGUAUUCUCGACGAUUUAGAGAAUAUUGAUGACGAGCUAGAUGAAACCGGCAUUAUAUUCGUCACUACUGAAGACACCACUAUAGCGAAGAAGUAUGGUAUCAAGCACUUUCCAACCCUCGCGUUCUUCCGAAAUAAGGAUCCGCUAAUUUAUACUGGCGAUCUCGACGACGAGGACGAGGUACUAUCUUGGAUCACAGAUGAGGACACUUUAGAAAUACCAGGAAAAAUCGAAGAGGUCAAUGCUAGAAUGCUGGAGAACAUUCUCGACGAGAACGAUUACGUCGUUGUCUUUUUCUACAAAGAGGGCGACAAAAAGAGCCAGAAGAUCCUACAGGAGCUCGAAAACAUUGAUGACGAGUGUGAAGAAAAGGAAAUCGAUUUUGUAAAGAUCUCCGACGAGGGAAUCGAGAAGGAAUAUGAUCUGCCAGGACUACCGGCGUUGGCAUUUUAUAGACACAAGUUUCGACAAAUCUAUUCUGGCGACAUGAUGCACGAGGAAGAGAUCUUGGAAUGGGUCCUUGAGCUUCGCACAACAACACCGGAUGUCAUCGAAAGUGUCGAUCGAAAAACAUUACAAGUACUCAUCAACGAUGUCGAACAUCUUGCUGUAUUCUUUUAUGACGACAGUAAAACCUGUACGGAGAUUCUCGAGGAACUAGAAACGAUUGAUGAUGAUACUGACAAACACGGUAUUCAAUUCGUCAAAUCAAACGACGCUAAAUUGGCGGCUGAAAUUGGCGUUUUCUCCUUCCCAGCUCUCGUUUACUACGAGACCGGAGUCCCCAUCAUGUACGACGGUAAUCUUCUCGAUGAGACUGAAGUACUCGAAUGGAUGGUGAAACAGAAAACCGAUGAGAGCAUUGAAGAAAUCGACCGUGACACUUUCCUCAAAUACAUCGAAACGAAAGAAUUUCUCGCUGUCGUAUUCUAUAAAGAGGAAGAUCCAGAGAGUCCGAAGGUGCUUAGACAUAUCGAAUUAAUUGACGACGAGGCAGCGGAAUACGGAAUAAAGGUGGUCAGAAUGAAGGAUCGGUUAAUGGCGAAGAAAUAUGGUUUUCGAAAUCCACCCGGUAUUACUUAUUUCCGCAAGGGUAAGAACAUCAAUUAUGACGGUGACAUCGACGACGAGGAAGAAAUCCUCGAUUGGUUAACCAAUCCGGAGAAUAUGGAACUCACCGAUCAUAUAGAACGCAUCAACAAGAAAAUGUUUCAGAAAGUCCGGCAAACGACUGAUUAUCUAGCCGUCUUUUUUUACAGCAACGACUGCAAACAGUGCGGCCGAGUAUUGGCGGAAAUUGAACAUAUUGACGAUGAGGCCGACAGUGCCGGUAUCAAAUUCGUCAAAAUCGAUGACAAACAAUUAUCUAAGCAUUAUGGUGUUUUCGCGUUACCCGCUAUACUGUUCUUCAAGAUGGGAUCAAAGGAACCAGUUAUAUACGCAGGUGACCUAUACGACGAGGAGCAAAUUUUGCAGUGGUUAAUGACACAAAAGGAUCCAUCGGGUGAAGUAAUCGAAGCUCUGGAAGGCGAGGAUCUUUUAAACUUGAUACGAGAAUCAGAGUCUUUAGCUGUAUAUUUCUGGAACAAAACGCUUUGCGACAUGUGCCAAUCGAAAACGCACCGCAAGCAGAUGCGCCACAAGGAGCACAGGACCGCGGAACAUGCAGAAGCGGCUGAACACUUCGAUGAUCCUGACGAUUGUGCACAAUGCGUGGGAAUACUUGAGGAAUUGGAGAAUAUUGAUGACGAUUGCGACAGACACGGCAUAACAUUUAUAAAAACUCAAGAUUUCAAAGUCGCUGAAGAUUAUGGAGUGACAGAUUUACCAGCAUUAGUUUAUUUCGAGAAUCAAAUACCGAAUAUGUUUGAAGGCGAUGUCUCUGUCGAAGAAGAGGUGUUGCAAUGGCUGAUCACUCAAAGAACGGAAGAUCGGAUUGAAUUAAUCACACGAGCAAUGCUAGAAACGUCUGUCGAAGAGACUCAGUAUUUAGCGGUUUACUUCACCAAGCAAAAUUGUCAUAUAUGCGAUGAAAUUCUGGAGGGCUUAGAAAAAAUCGACGACGAAUGCGACGUAUUUGGGAUUCAUAUGGUGAAAAUUCAGGAUACACAGUUGGCAAAGCGUUAUUCGAUCAAGACAUUCCCGGCUCUCGUUUAUUUUAGAAACGGCAACCCUCUUCUCUUUGAAGGGGAUCUCCAAAACGAAGAAUCCGUUCUCGAGUGGCUGAUCGACGAUGACAAUCGCGAACUAGCCGAUGAGAUAGAAUCUGUCAACGAUAGAAUGCUAGAAAGACUUCUCGAUGAAUCUCCUUUCCUAGCCGUUUUCUUUUAUGACGAAGAUUGUCCAGAUUGUGACGAAAUUAUGGAAGCACUAGAGAAAAUCGAUGGUGAAGCUGAUCUUUUUGGUAUCGACUUUGUUAAAAUUUCCAGUUCAGAAGCUGCUGAAAAAUAUGGCAUUCUCAACGUUCCGUCCCUCGUAUACUUUCGAAAGAAAACACCACUCGUAUAUGAUGGUGAUCUCACGCAAGAAGAUAAGAUCCUACAAUGGCUUACUUCUCAAGAUGUGUUUGAGAUUAAGAAUGAGAUCGAGGAAGUUAACAGGAAGAUGCUAGACAAAUUAUUAGAUGAGAAUGAAUUUCUCGCGGUCUUCUUUUAUGAACAUGAGAGUCAGGAAAGCGAGGAGGUGAACGAGAAACUGGAAGAAAUCGACGGUGAAACCGACAAUUUAGAUAUCACAUUUGUCAAAAUGGCAGAUCCCAGAUACGCUAGGAAAUGGGGAGUUACCAAGCUUCCCGCAAUCGUUUAUUUCCGCAAACGAUUCCCUAGUAUUUACAGAGGUGAUUUGCAUAAAGAGCUGGACGUUCUCGAAUGGCUACGUAAGAACAGGUAUCGACAACCGGAACUAAACAUCUACAUGUACAUGCUGAUUGCCAUUGCCAUCCUUUUCCUCAUGUACACCGGUUUCCUCCUAUCGUGUUUCCGUUCGGAACCGACCGCGCCCGUCGUGCAUCCCAAGCAGGCGUGAAUGCACGAAAUUAUGGAAGUGACAAACAAAGUAAAAGACAAAACUUGUGAAUUCUCGCGCUUGUUUGUAUUGCCCGAUAUUCUCAAUAUUCUUUUUGAUUCCCGUACACGAUUAUGUGUGGAUAGGUUCGUCUGGAACGAACGAUUUAACAACGCUCUACGCGACAAGUAACGAUGACCGUGGAAAUGGAAAUGGAAGCGAAUGACCUGUCUGUGAGAGCUCAUGGACCGCUGUCAAACGUUAAAUAAUAACGUUAAAUAUGUGUGAAAGAGAGGGAGAGAAUGUGUCUAUUGAACUUUAUCAUAGUACUUCGAGCCGAAAAAAAACUCGCACGUAUGUAGCGCGAACUGUAGGUUUCGUGCCUCUUGGAUAUCGUACAUUGCGAGUUUAUCAUCAGCCGAGCUGAAAAAUAGUUUUAGCAAACUGACAUUGAUAUUACUCUACAUUCUUCUUCCCCCAAAAAAUUCGAACGAGAGAUUUGAUGUUUAUAUAUAUAAAAGGUUAUAAUAUAUAAUAUGUAAUAAUAUGCAAUAUAUUAAGGAAGAAAUGUAAUAGAAUGCUUGUUCAAACACUUGGCUUACCUAGUAUCUCUAAUCCCAAAGAGUUGAUAAUUGAUUAGGAGAUUUUCGUAACGCGAAAACAAAAUAUUCACGAAUAUCUACAUUCACCUCUUAUUUACUCUUCUUUUUCAAAGGAAUAUCUUUAACCUUUCCGAUUGCUAUUGUUAUUAGUAAGAUUACUAUCAGAUACCAUUAUCUUGUUAAUAUUAUUAUUAUUGUUAAAAUUAUUGCUAUUAUUAAUAAUGUUAUAAAUAUAUUUAUUACUGCUGUUAUAAUGCUGUUGUAUAAUUAUAAUUAUAAUUAUAAUUUUAUUUUUAUUGCUUUUUACUAUAUAAUUAUACAUAUGAAUAUAUUGUUAAUGUAAUGACCAAUAGGUAUGACAGCGGUCUGUACAAACUAUUUUAGUUUAUGUAUAGUAGCUCUUAUAACAGACAAUCCUUUAAUAAUUAUCAAUUUCUGAAAUGAUAUAAUUAGUGAAGAAAAGAUUUUUAUAUAGUGAUCUUAUGAAGGGAAUUGAUGGUUGUCAUCGUUACUAUAAUAUAAGAAGCGCUACCUUGGACCAACUCCAAACUGUUAAAAUGCCAUUUCUAUCUGCCAAGUGUGAAUAGAAUUAUAAUGCGAAUAAUGUUGUAUUAUAUGAAAAAGCGAAUCUCCUUUUAGAUUGUUCGCGGGAUUAUAGAUAGAUAAUAAUUAUAUAUGAUAUGUAUUAUAAUUCUUUUGGAUACUCUUUUGAUUUUGCGCGCAUAGAAAUAGCCACGAAAAUAUAUCAUAAAUCAAUUUUUUGAAA